AUGGCUGGUACUUUACGCAGCCGCACCACCUUCCCCCACCCCGCACAAACAGGCCCCCACCCUCCCUCGUACCCUCCCCCGUACCUCCCUCCCCAUCAGCGCACUCCCUCCCCGACCUUCUCCCCCAUCCCCCCAUUGCACCCCCCCCGCUCUCCCUCUCCCGCGCUCUCCCGCUCCCCCGCUCCCUCGCGCGCGCAGGAGGAGCAGCAGGUGGAGGAGCUGCGGACGGAGAUGGCGGUGAUGCGCGCGGUGGUGGGGCACGCGCACAUAGUGGAGGCGGAGGCGGUGUACGAGGACGACGAGCACGUGCACAUGGUCAUGGAGCUCUGCCACGGCGGGGACCUCUUCGACCUCCUCGCGCGCUCCGACCACCUCUCCGAGAGCGACGCGCGCCACAUGUUCAGUGGGGUACCCGGUACCAUCAGGGCAAGACCAUUUUCCUUGCCGACAGAGGGGCUGGCUGCCACAGCAUGCCCUAUUCCUCCCCCCUGCCCCAACCCACUCCCCCUACCUACCUCUCCUCCCUCCCCUCCCAUCUCCCCACAUCUCCCUCCACAUUCCCCCCCAUCUCCCCCUCAACCCUCCCCCCGAUCUCCCCCUCACCACCCCCCCUCCCACAUCUCCCCGUCACCCCCCCCAUCUCGUCCCACCCGCCCCCAUCUCCCCCCUCCCAGGAAGAUAGUGGACGCGGUGGGGUACUGUCACGGCAAGAGCAUCGUGCACCGCGACCUCAAGCCCGAGAACAUCCUGCUCGCCGACGCCUCCGCGCUCAACCCCAAGCUCGCCGACUUUGGCCUCGCCGUGCACCUGCCCCCGGGCGCGCGCGCCGUGGGGCUGGCGGGGUCGUCGUUCUACAUGGCGCCGGAGGUCGUGCAGGGCAUGGCCUACUCCUUCCCCGCGGAUGUGUGGAGCUUAGGAGUCUUGCUCUACAUCAUGCUCUCAGGUGGGCGCUUCCGUUCUCUCAAGCGGUCCUUCAUUGAUAUUUUUUUAGGACGUGCCACAGGUCCCCCAACCGAGGCUCCCAAGGGUCGGCAGCAAGGCUCUGUGGGAACGGAACAGCAGCAACAGCAACAGCAACAGCAAGCUGUGGGAUGGGAUGGGAUGCUCUCUUUCCCUCCUACCUCGCACCGCUGUGAAGCUCCCUGCCCUCUCGCUCCAUGCCCGCUCGCCUCCCUCCUUGCACGCCUCUCGUCGGCCCAACCCCCUCUAGUCCCCCAUUCUGCUUCCCCUCCCUGGCCAGGCAACCCACCCUUCUCUCGACACGCAUCAUACCCUUCUUUUGAGACAUCUCAACAACACUCUCCCCUGCCCACCCCCGCGUUCCCCCCUGUCCCCCCUCCCUGGCCAGGCAUCCUACCCUUCUGGGGCGAGACGGUUGAGGAGACGUAUGAGAGCGUGUGCCAGGGGUACCUGGACUUCACGUCACGGCAGUGGCAGCUCAUCUCGCCAGCAGCCAAGGACCUCAUACAGCGCAUGUGCUCCCUAGACCCCCAGCACCGUCCCUCCCUGCACCACGUCCUCUCCCACCGCUGGCUUGCUGCCGCUGCUGCUGUUUCGACUGCCGGUGGUGGCGGUGGUGCUUCGUCGUCGUCGUCCUCCUCCUCCUCCGCCUCCUUCUCAUCCUCCUCGCUCUCCCCUGCUCCCUGCAAGCUCGCUCUUGCCCGCGCCGGCUCGCUUUUCUCUCCCUCCGUCUCUGCUGCUGCUGCCGCCGCCGCCGCUGCUGCCCUUGCUGACUCUGCUGGUGAUGGGUUUGACGCGGACGGGGCGGUGGGUGUAGCGGCAGCAGCAGGCGCUGCUGCUACAGCCACAGCUGGUGCCGCUGAUGCGGCUGCUGCUGGUGGUGGCGGCGGUGCCGGUGGUGCUGGUGGUGGUGCUGUUGGUGGAGGUUCAAGCGCAAGCAAGUAUAGGAGAGCGCAGCCGCGGGGAGAGAUGGCAUUGAAAAGGCGGGUGCUGCCUCUGCGGUCGAAGAGCGGAAUUGACAGUGCUCUCAUGUCUGCCGCCUGGAGAGGGCCUGAUAGGGAUGAUAUUGGUGGCGGUGCUGAUAUGCAUGCAGAGGAGGGGAAGGCAGAGGAUCGGGAGGGUGAGCGGGAGGACGGGGAUGAUUGGGCGGAGGAAGGGGAGGACGCGGCGGGUGAGGGGGGGAUGAGUGCGGAUGGGGAAGGGCGUGGUAGGGGAAGGGAUGGUGCGUGGGGUGGGGGGGCGGUAGAGGGUGAGGAUGGGGGGGAGGAUGAUGGGAUGGAGGAUGCGGAUGAGAGGACGGGUAGUGGGAGGAGGAGGAGGGUGGGCGGGAGGAGAGGAGUGGCAGGUGGAAGCCGAGCGGGGCGGGCGAGAGGGGUCAGUGGCACCGGCGGUGGUGGUUUAACCGCAGGAGCAGCAGCAGCAGCAACGUCGGCAGGUGGUCGCAGCAAUGCUGUUGCCACUGAUACUGGACCGGUGGUGCAUGCACAUGCACCUCACGUCUCCCCACGUGGAACCAGUACCGCUGCCUCUUCUGCUUCUUCUUCUGCUGCUGCGGCUGCGUUGAAUGCGGGGCCGAUGGAGGCUCGAGCAGGCAGUGCAGCAGUGUUGGCAGCAGAAGCAGAGGGCCUAGGCUGUGGCACACCCAGGUCGGGGGGACGAUCAGGCAGAGGGGGAUUGGGUGCUGUGGACAUGGCUGGGGAGAGGGCCGGGGUUGACAGGAGUGGAAGGGAAACCAGGAGUGGGGAUGCUGAGGCAAGCGCGAGCACAAGGGUGGCAGCAGCUGGUGCAGCUGGUGCUGCUGAUGGUGCUGGUGCUGCUGCUGGUGGUGGUGUUGUUGGGGUUUGGAGUCGGGGGGAUGAGAGAAGCAGGGAGGCAGCAGGUGCUGACGCUCGGGCUGGCACUCGGGGCAGUGUUAGUGAGGAGAGACGAGGCAGCUCCAGCAGUGCUACUUCUCCUGACUCUGCAUCACCCAACGCAUCAGCAACAGCAGCAGCACCUCCAACAGCAGCAGCAGCAGCAGCAGCGGCAGCAACAGGGGCGGCAGGCUCACCACAGGACAGUGCAGCAGCAGCAGCAGCAGCAGCAGGGGAUGCAGAGCAGGACGAAGGCGGGUCGUCCUCCUCGUCCUCGUCACAGCCGCGCCGGCGCCCCACAUACCAGCACAUCAGCAGCAUCGGGUCGUCCCGAGCAGGCAGGCGCGUGUGUGCGCCCGUGCAGCGGCCACGCACAGCCGAGACGAGACCUGGAGGGGGAGGAGUGGGGGGAGUGGGUAGGCGGGGAGGGAGCGCGCUUGCUAGUGGCAUUGGGGGGUCGUAUCUGGGGAGCUCUCCGCUCUCCCCCUGCUCUGUGCGCUCGCCUGGGCAGCCAGGCGGGGGUGCGGCUGCUAGGCUUGUUUCGCCGCCGAGAAGACCGGUUUCGAGAUAUGCUGCUGGUUCUGCUGCUGGUACUGCUGCCUCUGCGUCUGCCUCUGCUUCUGGAUCUGCUGCUGCUGCUGCUGCUUCUGUUGCUGCUGCUGGAGAGGCAGAGGGUUCAGGAGAGGGAGGCGAGGGGCUUGGGGGAGUGGGUGGUGGUGGGAGCAGAGAGGAAGGCAGGUACGGUGGGGCUGGUGACUUGGGGCAGAGGGAGAGAGACAGCGGGGCUGGGAGCUUGGAGGAGGGCAGAGGGCAGGGGCAGCAAAGACAUUCCAGUGAAAGGAUAGCGAUUGGAAAGGGGCAGCACGGAGGAGGGGUUCAUGCAGGGGGGACACUUGGGGGGGGCGCGCAUGGUGGGGGGACGCAUGUGGGGGGGACGCACAGGAUGGAGGAGGAGCGUGUGGGUGGAAGAGGGGGGCGGAUAGGUGGGGGAGGGGCGGCAGGUGGGGGGAGAGGGUAUGUUGGGGGAGGGGUUGGGGGAGGGGGGAUGCAUACAGGAGGAGGGGAAAGAGUAGGUCCGUCUUUGUCUUCUUCAAUGAACCCUCUAAGAAGGGCUAGUAGUGGGGUAGUCGGUGGGUUAAGUGGUGGGCUGACUGUCACUGGUGGGGCGAGUGCAGGGGGUGGUGUGGUGCUUGGGGUGUCCGGGGUUGGGGGUGGGAGAGGUGGCAAGGCAGGGGGGCGGAUGGGUGGCAGGGGCAGAGGGAUGGUAGGGGGAGGAGGAGGGGUGGAUGGGAGGGGUUUACUGGAACGAGAGAGGGCUGGAGAGGAAGGGCGGCUGGAAGAGAGACGGCACGGGAUCGUGGAAAGUGGUGGUGGUGGUGGUGGUGCUGCUGCUGCUGCUGCUGCUGCUGCUGUUGCUGCUGUAACCAGCAGCAGCAUCAGCAGCAGCAGUGUGGGCAGCGGUGCAAUGGGCAGCACGAGUACUAUUGCGGGACAGCGAAGCAGAGGGGGCCCUUCUUUGGGCAUUGCAGCAGGGGCAGGUGGGCAGGGCAACCCUAGGGGCGGCAUGGUGGAAGCUAGGCGGGUGGGUACAGGUGCUGGUGCUGGUGCCAGUGCUGCUGUUGCUACUGCCGGGGUAGGUAUGCUGCUGGAGGAGCGGUGGGGAGAGGAGGACAAGGAGGGGCGGUUCUUGAGAUGUCUCAAAAGUCGCGCUAUCCUCCCUCUGGCGAUCAGCACAGCUUCACAGAUGCUGCUGGAGGAGCGGUGGGGAGAGGAGGACAAGGAGGGGCGGGAGGGGGGCAAGGAGGGGGGCAAGGGGUAG